GUGACCUCCGGCGGUUUGUCUCGUCAUUUCCUCUUUGGCUCUAUCAUUGGUUCAUUGUUCACACGCAGCCACUGCUCACUCCCUUACGUGUAUUCAUCCUUCACGAACACUAUAAAUUGCCUCCAAGGUUCGAGCAUUCAUGAUUCAUCUCCAGCUUCUUUUACCAAAGAAUAAUCGUCUGAUCUUGUUCUUGGCCCAUUAAUUUCUUAUUCUGCAAACGCAUUUAAUGGAGAAUCGGGAAAGAUCAUUCCCAGGACCUUCAUUAAACGACCCGCAGAAUGAACCUGAAGAAAUACACAUCCCCAGAAAAUAUUCUGAUCAGUUUCCGUCAUACACCACUCCUACGACGGAUUCCGGUAAUCACCGGAAACAUGCAGGGAAGGGAACUUACAGUACUGCAACUACUGACACUUCUGCUGUAGAACCAGAGCUAUACAACUCCGCCGUUGACCUUGAAAAUCCUAACAAGGUAUGGAAGGAUGUCAACUAUGAUUUUACAAGUGAUGGAUAUAAAUAUGAUCCCAAGACCCACCGUACAUCAUCGUCAAUCCCUGAAAGUCCCAAUAACUACGGCCAACUCACCCCGAAGGAGGUAAGGAUUUCCUUCAACGACGAGGUGAUGCCAACACCAAACCGGCGGCGGUCAAAUGUUAGUGGUGGCGGUGGUGGGGAAGAGGUACUGGUUUGCUCCUCAAAUGCUGCAUAUAAACGAAGUUCGACCUUGAUGAGGACGAGGACAAAGUCAAGGUUGAUGGAUGAGCCGGAGAUGAAGACAUCCAAAUCUGGAAAUUAUCAAGGGAGAGGUGGUAGUGGUGGUGGUAGUGGUGGUGGUGGUGAUAUGGAAGAGGAUGAUUUCCCUUUCAACGACGAUGAUAUUCCAGACGAGUACAAGAACUUAAGGUAUAGCAAAUGGACUUUAUUUCAAUUAGCCAGUUUGAUACUAAUCAUUGGUGUUUUAGUUUGUACACUCGCUAUACCAAGUUUCAGAAACAAAAGCUUAUAUGAUCUUGAAUGGUGGAAAUGGGAGAUUAUGAUAUUCGUUGUCAUCUGUGGGAAAUUAGUUUCAGGCUGGGGGGUUAGGAUCUUAGUGUUCUUCAUAGAACGAAGCUUCUUAUUGCGAAGACAGGUUCUUUAUUUCGUAUACGGGUUAAAAAAAGCAGUUCAAAAUUGCAUUUGGUUAUGUUUGGUUUUGAUUGCUUGGCAAUGCAUAUUCAACAAGAAAGUUGAAAGGACGACAUAUGGGAAGACUGUUUUGCCUUAUGUGACCAAGAUUUGGAUUUGUCUUUUGGUGGGGACAGUUGUUUGGUUAUUGAAAACUUUGUUGAUCAAAGUUCUUGCUUCAUCUUUCCAUGUGAGCAAGUUUUUUGAUCGGAUCCAAGAUUCUUUAUUUAACCAAUACUUGAUCGAAACCCUCACUGGCCCACCUGUGAUUGAGAUUCAGCAAGAACAAGAAGUGGAAGAGGAAGAUUGGGGGAUAGAUGAUGUUGAUAAGCUUAAGGAAGAUGUCUUUAAGGGUUGGAGAGCUAUUGGAACUCCAAGAUCCAGUAAUUCCACAGCUGGUAAAAAUGAAGGGAUUACAAUUGAUCACUUGCAUAGGCUAAAUCAGAGGAAUAUAUCUGCUUGGAAUAUGAACAGGAUGAUGAAUGUUAUAAACACAAGUUUGUUAACAACUUUAGAUGAACAGUUAGAAGAUAUAAGUGAUGAUGAAGAUGAAGCUGCUGUGCAGAUUACUAGUGAAAACCAGGCUAAAGUUGCAGCCAAGAAGAUCUUUUUCAAUGUGUCAAAGCCAGGCUCUACACACAUUUAUCUUGAGGAUUUGGGGAGAUUUUUGCCAGAUGAUGAAGCUUUGAAGACAAUCCGACUGUUUGAUGACGUAAAUGAAGAACAAGGAAUCAGCAAACGAGCUCUCAAAAGUUGGGUGGUUAAUGUAUUCCGAGAGCGUAGAGUUCUUGCAUUAUCUCUGAAUGACACAAAAACAGCUGUGGACAAACUCCAUCAGAUGAUGAAUGUGGCUGUGGGAAUCAUAAUACUCGUGAUUUGGCUUCUUAUACUUAGAGUUGCGACCACUCAGUUCUUUAUAUUCCUAAGUUCACAGCUAGUUUUGGUCGCCUUUGUGUUUGGAAACACAUGCAAGAUGCUGUUCGAGGCCAUUAUUUUCUUGUUUAUAGUGCAUCCAUUUGAUGUCGGGGAUCGUUGCGAAAUUGAUGGUGUUCAGAUGGUAGUUGAAGAGAUGAAUAUAUUAACAACCAUCUUCUUGAGGUAUGAUAAUCAGAAAAUAACAUAUCCCAACAGCGUCCUGUGUACAAUGCCGAUUGCUAACUAUCAUCGUAGUCCGGACAUGGGCGAUGCAAUCGACUUCUGCAUCCAUGUGUCAACUCAAGCCGAAAAGAUUGCUAAAAUGAAGGAAAGGAUUACAUGCUAUGUCGAGAAGAAGAGCGACCAUUGGCAGCCUGCACCGAUGAUCGUGCUAAGGGAUGUUGAGGACAUGAAUCGGCUCAAGAUAUCCAUAUGGCUUGCACACCGAAUGAACUUCCAAGACAUGGGUGAAAGAUGGAAAAGAAGAGCUCUUCUAGUUGAGGAGAUGAUCAAGAUUUUCAAGGAUCUCGACAUUGAGUACCGCAUGCUCCCACUUGAUGUUAAUGUCCGCAAUAUACCCGCCCUGACUUCAAAUCGAGUUCCCUCAAAUUGGACAGCUUGUGCAAAUUGAUCCAUGAGGGAGAAUCAUAUAUGUAUACUCGUAUAAAUACCUUGUUAGUGUGAAUAAACUAUGGAUUGUGGACUAUUCCAGUUUACGAUCAACUCUUGUCACCUUUAAAGGUUGUAAGAUCGAUGUAACAUUCAUAUCAAUACAUGAUAAGCAAAUUUCUGCUAAA